UUCCGGAGAGGAAUGCCGACAGGGGCUGGCCGUAAUGCCAAAGCUGUGCAAUGACUGACUGCUCGAACAAAGUCGAUACCAGGUUACCACUUCGGAACGGAGGCAAAGGACCCUGGAACUGGAAAUGCGGCCUGAACUCGCCGAAUUUGGCCUGCGAGACACGGAAGCCCAUGCUGGAAUGAAGGCCGAGUUGCAAUGGCUUGUUUCGGGGGUAUACGCCGACAUAGUGGGUUGCGCAUCUCACCAGACUCUACUAUCCAAGCAGUCUCGCAAAGGGGCUACGGUGAAGGCGUGCCGGUUGUGUGUGGAAGCCGGCGAGGGAGAUCUCUUCCCUUGCUUUGACCCGGACUUCAAGAGCAGCGAAGGUGGACUGUCUGGUACGGUGGAUAGAUGGAUUGCCCGCGCUGUCCAGCCGUAUCGAAUCGGAGCCGGCAUCGAACGUCUGGAUGCCGCGUCUAUCUGUGGAGCCCACCAGUUCAUCAGUUGGCGCUCCGACGUCAGCCCCGUGCUUCAGAAGUGGGGUGAGCGGAGUCAGCAAACGGUUCUCCGCCUCCUUGCCAUGGAGUUGGGCAUAAAAUUCUUGAUUUGGCGAUAGCAAAACACGACGUUUGGAAAGUUCUGCCGGUUUCUCUUCGUAUGUCUAUGCUUCCUGGUGGUUCCAGGUGCACAGCGACGAGAAAAUCAAGACGUUAUCCCUCGACUGGGACUCAGCACGAGCCAACACCUAACCAGAAGACUGUGGCUUGGAGCCUGAUGAUCUUGAGACGAUUAGCACGUGUACGCCGGACUCCGAGCAACAUCCCGUAGAUGUGUGCGUGCAUACGAUGAUUGUUG